AUGACGGACUCAUUCGCAAAGUUCUCGUCAAUGCUAGAGUCCGCUAAGGAUCUCACCAUCGAAGCCGCGGUGUCGGCUCUGUCCCGGCUUACCGAUACGCCUUCUGGUCUGAGACAGGUGGAAAUUCCAAAGUUGUUGAACUCACGUCUGGACCGCGAUAUCUUGACGGGAAUGAAAUGCGUGAUAGCAGCAACAGCUAGAGGUGAAGAUGGGUUACCCUACUUUGCUGAUGUGGUGAAAAACGUGACAACAUCCAACGAAAGCAUUCGAAACUUGGUACUUAUCUAUUUGACAAGAUAUGCUGAAGUAGAGCCAGACACAGCAUUAUUGCUGAUAAAUUCGAUCCAAAAGUCAUUGAACGAAAAAAAUGCCAUAUCUCGUGCCAAGGCGAUCAGAGCGUUAGCAGGGAUCAGAAUCUCGUCCAUUUUGCCAAUUGUAUUACUUUGUAUCAAACGUACCCUAACGGACCCUUCACCACUUGUCAGAAGUGCCACAGCCAUUGCUAUCGGCAAGGCCUUUGACAUCGAUGAUUUGGAAAGCAGUUCUAAGAAGCAGAUGGUGGAAUAUCUCACCAAGUUGUUGAGCGAUAGCGACUCUUCAGUAGUUUCUACAGCCAUCAAGACGUUCUAUAAGCUCUUGCCUCAGUUCUCUACCUCUUCUAAAAUCUGGGAUCCAAUCCAUGGCAACUUCCGUCGUUUCUGCUCCAUAAUCAAUGAAUUUGACGAAUGGAGUCAGGGCUUUUUGAUCGAUAUUCUAACAGAGUACUCGCGCCGUUUUCUUCCCAGACCAAAGCUUUAUCUGGUUGAUGAAUCCAAUCAAGUCAUAGAUUUACCAGAGGAUUACAGUCAGAUUCCGUUCUCUGCUUACGAAGUAUCGUUUGACGAAGAUUUGAAUUUAUUUCUCAACUCGUUGAAGGUGCUCCUCUACUCAAGACUGGAAAGCGUAAUCCUUGCAGUGGCUAGAGCAGUGUACUUUUUGGCGCCGCCUCUGACUUUCAAAGACUUCCAGUUGAGCCAACCGCUUGUACGAAUUGCAUCUACUUCUCGUGAUAGCCAAAUCUCCCUCUUUGCUCUACAGAUAAUCUCGAGUAUCAGCUGGAAGGACCAGUCUAUUUUCGUAAACAAUGUAAAGAACUUCUACGUUUAUCCUUCCGACCUGUUUGAGGUAGCCAGCAGCAAGCUAGAUAUUCUCGCAUCAUUGGCACAAGAAAAAAAUAUCAAGUACAUCUUGGAAGAGUUGAAGUAUUACACUUUAUCGUCGAGAAAUAGCGACAUCGCCCGGGAAGCCAUAAUAUCUAUAGGCAGAUGUUCACAGCUUUCCCCAGAAUGGAACAGGAAAAUUCUUAGAUGGUGCUUGAAACAAAUACAAAAGACAACAGGUUCCAUUUUGAACGAGUUGCUUACCGUGGUGAGAUACUUAAUUCAGCAAAAAAACAGCUUCACCCUUAACGUAGCAAACGAGAGAGACGAGAUCAUCAAUACGACAUACCAGUUGUCGUUGAUUCUACGCGACAGCAGCUUGAACUUAGAAAGUGAUGCCAAAGCAAGCAUAGUCUGGAUUAUAGGUGAAUUCACAGGGGUGGCAGAAAAUGCCAUUGGACCAGAUGUAUUAAGACAUCUAAUCAAAGGCUUUUCCAAGGAAGAAGAAACUACAAGAUACCAGAUAUUAAUGCUUGCGGCUAAAGUCGCUUCUUACGAAGUCAAAAGAAUUAAAACUGAAGCUGGAGAUGACGAAGACAUAUACAAUCAACGCCUUGGAAAUAGCAUUAACUAUAAAAUGUUUCAGCACGCUUUACAUUUAGCCAAAUAUGACAAUUCCUACGACACAAGGGACAGAGCACGAAUGUUGAAUAUCUUAUUAAAUUCAAGCAGCUCGAUGUCGGAAUUGGCCACAUUAUUUUUGCAAGUACCAAAGCCAGUACCUGUAGUCGGUUCUAAGAAGGAUGCUUCUCUUGUUCAAGCCAGGGCAUUGGAAGAAUAUCUCGCCAUAAGAGAUUGGUCUGAAGCUGAUACCCUUCCUAAGGCAGAUAUCAGAAAAGAGGCAAAAGUGAUUUUCAAUAGUCUCGGUGGCGCCGGAAUAUCGUCCUUCUCAAGUGUAGAAAAGUCGCCCACGCCUCCUCAGAUGCCGACCAGUCGUUCAAUCUCUUCAGAAUCUUAUCUUAAUUCUCGUGUCCCAGAGAAGAAGCAAACUUAUCACUUGCAAAGUUUAGACGAUUUCUUUGGUAAUGACGAAUCAGAAGAAAGUUCCAGCGAGGAUGAGGAGGACGACGAAGAGGAAGAGGAAGACGAGGACGAGGACGAGGAUGAGAACGAGGACAACGAAGAAGACGACGAUGAAGACGACGAAGAGGACGAUGAAGAAGUCUCAUCUUCGGACGAAGAACAGGAUUCACAUGAACUGGACAAUUAUGCCUCCGACUCAGACACUAAGCGAGCAUUACUUUCUAAGGAAUAAGUACGAAAGUAAGGAACGAGAGUUUACCGAUAUUUUCUACUCUAGGUUAGAAAUAUAAGGUAAUAAUAAUAUACAAUGGGGCUUAUCCCUCGUCAAUGUGAAUUAUCACACACAGAGGAAAGAACCGAAUAAUACCU